GACCCGUUGCCAUGUCCCAUCAACCUCUGAGCUGCCUGACUGAGAAGGGGGACAGCCCCUGUGAGACCCCAGGAAAUGGACCCCCCAGUAUGGUUCACCCCAGCCUGGACACAUUCUCUCCUGAGGAGCUGGUGCAGCAAAUGAAGGAACUCCUUGUUGAGAACCACCCAGUUGAAGAAGCCAUAAAGCUAAAUAAUCAGGUCAUGAAAGGACGAUUUGAGGAGCUUUCAGCCUGGACAGAGAAAGCAGAAGGAAGAACGCCAAGAUGUUUUGAGACACAGAAAGAAGCUAAGGAGCACCUGAUGGCCUUGAGUCAAGAAAAUGAGAAACUGAAGGAAGAGCUUGGGAAACUAAGAGAGAAAUCAGAAAGGCUGUUUGAAGGUUCCAUAGGUGUCUCCGGGCUUUCCAGGGCAGACCUAGAGCAGGAAGUAGAGCAGCUGAAGACCCAGGUGAUGCGCCUUCAAGCUGAAAAGGCAGACCUGCUGGGCAUCGUCUCAGAACUACAGCUCAAGCUCAACGCCAGCGGCUCCUCAGAGGACUCCUUUGUUGAGAUCAGGAUGGCUGAAGGAGAAGCUGAAGGAGCAGUGAAGGAAAUAAAGAACAGUCCUGUACCUACAAGACCAGACUACGUCAACAUGACCAGCUCUGCAGAAGAUGCCAGGACAUGUGUAGAGUUUGAGGAAUUAACUGUGAGCCAACUCCUGCUCUGCCUAAGGGAAGGAAACCAAAAGGUGGAGAGACUUGAAUUCGCCCUCAGAGAAGCCAAAGAAAGAAUUUCAGAGUUUGAAAAGAAAGCAAAUAACCGUUCUGAGAUUGAGACCCAGACAGAAGGGAGCAGAGAAGAAGAGGGUGAAGAGGACAAAGACCCAGAAAGUGUUGGAAGCGAAGUGGAAAUACUGAAGGUUCGAGUGACAUCUCUGUUUAAGGAGCUUCAAGAGGCGCACACGAAACUCAGUGAGGCUGAGCUAAUGAAGAAGAGACUUCAAGAAAAGUGCCAGGCUCUGGAGAGGAAAAACUCGGCCACCCCAUCAGAGCUGACGGAGAAGCAGGAGCUCGUGUACAGCAACAAGAAGCUAGAGCUGCAGGUGGAGAGCAUGCGCGCGGAAAUCAAGAUGGAGCAAGCCAAGACAGAGGAAGAAAAAUCCAGGUUAGCCACUCUGCAGUCAACACACAACAAGCUUCUUCAAGAACAUAAUAAUGCACUGAAAACAAUUGAGGAGCUAACCAAAAAACAGGCAGAAAAAGUGGACAAGAUGAUGCUGCAAGAACUUUAUGAAAAGCUGGAUCUGGCAGAGCGGGCUUUGGCAUCCAAGCAGCUUCAGAUGGACGAGAUGAAACAGACCAUUGCUAAGCAGGAGGAGGACCUGGAAACCAUGGCUGUCCUCAGGGCUCAGAUGGAGGUGUACUGCUCAGAUUUUCAUGCUGAGAGAGCAGCAAGAGAGAAGAUUCAUGAAGAAAAGGAGCAGCUGGCCCUGCAGCUGGCGAUUUUGCUGAAAGAGAACAAUGACUUUGAGGAUGAAGGCAGUAGGCAAUCCUUGAUGGAAAUGCAGAGCCGGCAUGGGGCAAGAUCCAGUGAUUCUGACCAGCAAGCUUACCUCCUUCAAAGAGGAGCCGAGGACAUGAGCUGGAGACAGCAGCAGCCACGGAGUCUUCCGAUUCACUCUUGCCCCAAAUGUGGAGAAGUUCUGCCGGACAUCGACACGCUACAGAUCCAUGUCAUGGACUGCAUCAUUUGAGUGUUGUUUCUACUCCCCAAAACUGUUGGUAAAUGCCAGAUUUUCUCCUCCAAGACAUGGACUUCUGUCUUAUUUGUUGUCACACAAAUCUUUUUGCCACAUUAUCCUUAUUUCAGGAGAAAGAAAAUGUACCCAUCCUAAGGAGAGCAUCUUCUGGACUGACAGGAAUCUAGUAGUAGAUUCUAGUUACCGCCCUUCCAGUAGGAGAUGGGUAUUUUUAUGUUUACUCCUAAGACUUACUGAGAGAGUCAGCCAGAAUGCCGUGUGUUUCGAAUGACAUAUGUUAAGAAUCUUUAUGAGGCAGGAAGAUGAAAUGGUCAGGAAACGUGUCUGGACUGUUUUUCUAGGCAAGUCUUCACCUGCAGGUGUUUUGUUGUUUGAUGUGUAAUUAUUUGGCUCUGAGCAUUGUGAGCUUUCUAUUGCUGUCAGGCCAGAUGAGGGCUGGGAAUGUGGCUCAGGAGUGGAGUGCUGUCCUACAGCUGGACAGUGUGAUGAUACUGUCGGUCUGUUUGUGCUGGAGGCACAUGGGCCAGUACAGCACACCAUUUAACUUUAAACAGAACAGCUAUUUCCUUCCCAGAUAAAGUAGAAGCUUACAAACAUCAGUUAUUACAAAAUAAAAUUUCACUACAAGUCUGUUCCAUGGCUCAUAUACAGCCAGGAUAUUGUAGUAUGUAUAUUCUGUAUUAAGCUCAUUUAACUUAAUAUAACCUCAACACUGAGAUGCUUUAUUCAUAGUAAACAGGAGCAGGUCCUUCUCAUAGAGGGCCAGUACAUGUUCAGAUGAGAUCCCUGCUAAGCUGGUGAACAGAGUCAGGCAUGGUGGUGCAGAGCACACCUGCAAUUCCAGCACAUGGGAAACUGAGACCAGAGAUCACCAGCUCAUGGCCAACCAGGACUACACAGAAUAAACAGGGAUUCGCCAUGUUUUCUGUUUAAAAGGCUAGCAAGAGCCAAACAAGUCAUUAAAGUGAACAGUAUCAACUCCUAAAACAUUUAAGAGAAAAUGAGAAGGUCUGCUUUGUUUCUGUUCACCAUAAGACCACUGGUUAAAUACACACGUGUGUGUAUUUAAAUAGAAUCAAAACAGUUGAUUCAUUGCAAAGGAACUUAAUGUCCAAGUUACAGUUAUCUCCAUGCCUAAACUCCAAGACAAUACAACGCUAUACUGGUUCAGCAGUAGGUAGGUUUGAUUCCCCCACUUGCACCCUAAGGGACAAUGUUUGUUAAUGACAUUUCUAAAAUGACUGACAUUUUUUCUCUUCUUAUAUUUUCUGGUACAAAUUUAUUUCCUAUUUUAUACUGGAUAAAGUAGAUUGCUAUAGCAUCCCAGAUAGAGGAGGAAAUCUUUCUCAAUGAAGCUACUGGGAAAAUCCUUUCAUUUUGUUCAAGUAUAGUUAUCUGAUAAAUCCAAACUGUGAAAUGAGAACUCAGUGGUCUUAAUGAGACUAUGGCCGUGACAUUUGUUUGAUCAUGAAGAGGAUUACAAAUGAAGGCAAGUUCAAAUGAAGACAAUUAGAGGGCUGUCUAUAUACCAUCUUCAUAGCAGCAUUUUCUGCAGUAGCUAGAAUACAGCGCAACCUAGGUGCCAUUCACCUAGACAAAGAAAAUGCGAUAUACAUAUAUACUGAAGUAGCAGUCAGCCUUUCAAAAGAAGGGACUCAUCACUUUAACAGAGAUAAGCCUGGAAGACAUCAUGUGACGUGAAAUAAGAUAGUCAUAAAUACCACAUGACCUCACUUGUAUGUGAACUCUGAAAAAUGAACUCAUAGAUGUUGAGAGCUGAGAGGGCUAGUGGCACAUGAGGGAAGGUGUGGGAGGGAGAGCAGAUGCUGAUCUAAGGGUACGACAUCUCAGGAGGGAUGAGCUGUAGUGAUCUACUGUACAGAAUAGUGACUGCAGUAAUUUGUAUAUUAAGGCUGUGUGGUUUUAAGGGAAUUGCCAGUUUAGUAAACAACUUGUAAAUGGUG